AUGAGCUUCCGAGGCACGGCUCUGCUACUCUUGCUCACCGUCCUAGUCACCCUGGCUCGUGGUGCCAAGUUGAAUAUCGACGCUACGAGGGACUGCGACUGCAAAGUUCUAGUCAACGGGAAGAAGAUCGGCAACACAUACAAUGCCGGUCAGGUGGAUACGGCUUUGAAGCGUGGGCAAGACUUGGAGAAGAAAGGCCAGACCCUCGGGUGA